CAUAAUUGUGCUUCAAGCUUCAGGGUCGUGAAAUGGAAGCUCCACCCAGUACCCCGCAACAAGCUCAGGAAGUUCCCCGUUCUAAACCCGCAAAUGCCGCGGCCGCCGCCGUCGUCGUCACGGCAGAACAAGAUGGAAAGAAGAGGAAGUUAGAUCACGACGGAUUCCGUGGCUCUAAGUAUUUCAAGAUCUGCAGUAUUGCCAAAGAGCUACGACCCUUUUUCGUUGAGGUUUCCCGGACCCCUAACUUCAGAAACAGCAAAGCUGCUCAUGAAAUUCAAAUACGAAUGAAGACCUUGGCAGAAUUAACAAAAGAAUUGAGGAGUGAGACAUCAUCUCUCUCAAAGCGCUAUGAUAUUUCACUGAAAGAACCUUUUUCUUCAGUUGUUAAGGAGGAAAAAAUUGAAAAAGAGCAAGAGGGAGAAAAGCAGGUGUCGCUACCAGAACCAAGUGUGGACCCAGCUGAAAAUGGCAUCAAAGGUUUGUCAGAAGAAUCCCUUCUGGAUAAUGUGAAAAGCAUUUCCGAGAAAUGAGAAGCAUUUAGGAAAUUUUGGAGCAAAUAAGGAAGAACUAAAAGAAUUGUUGAACAUCAAUGAAUGAGAGUUCGAGGGCCUUUCUUCGUUGGUGGUUCACUUAUUCUUCUUUGGUGGUCGGAACCCUGAAUUCUAUGGCGUGUCGAGAGAAAGUGCGCUAGCCUGACGCGCUUCUAUCGAGUAAAUCUUCGUUCCCCUUCUCUUUGCAUCUCUCUUAGAAUGAAAAUUUAAUGUUUUGGCGGUAAUUUUGAUGAAAUUAUGCGAUCUGGAGCCAGUUUUAGGGCCAUUUUUUAAUAUAAAGGGCAAAGUGCUCAAUCACUGCUUCCUGUGCAGCAUGUUGUAAACUGCGUUAUUCAAGCAUUAGUAGGGUUUU